AAAGUGGUGCAUCUAAAAGAUUAAUGAAUUUAUUUUACAUUUUGAAGAUUUUAGAUUAUGUCUUAAUGUUUUUUACAAAGUGAAUGAAGUUACUUGAUAAUAGUAAUGGAAGAAAAAGAUGAAAUGGAUUUGCUACAACUUACGGAUAAUGUUUCUUUUCUUGCUGAAUGUUUUAAUAACUCCUUUGAUAUUCAGAGUUCACUUAAGUAUAUUAAGGACUGUGUUCACUCAGAGCCUAGACGAUUUACUCAGAAACAAAAGUUAUUAUUGUCGAGAAGAGACAGUCUCUCACAGACAAUCGUAGCUGAUAAGCAAAACAGUUCAUGUAAAGUUGAAUUAGUAUCACAGUUGAAAGGAGAAAACAGAACCUUUAAUAAAAAUUUAAAAAACUGGGGUCUUCCCUAUGAAAUAACAAACAAAUAUGAAAAAAAAGGAAUAGUAGAAAUGUUUGAUUGGCAAGUGGAUUGUCUUGGUAACCCAAAAGUACUUUUAGAUUGUCAUAAUCUUGUUUAUUCAGCACCUACCUCUGCAGGAAAAACUCUGGUCGCUGAGAUAUUGGCAAUUAAAACAGUUUUGGAACGACAAAAAAAGGUUAUUUUCAUUUUACCUUUUGUGUCUAUAGUGAGAGAAAAAAUGUUUUAUUUACAAGAUAUAUUAUCUAGCUCAGGUGUAAGAGUUGAGGGAUUUAUGGGAUCUCAGUCUCCUCCGGGUGGCCUACAAGCAGUUCACAUAGCCAUUUGUACAAUUGAAAAAGCAAAUAGCCUAGUUAAUAAACUUCUAGAUGACGGUAAUAUAUCAGAUCUAGGAGCUGUUAUUGUAGAUGAGUUACAUUUGCUUGGAGAUCCACAUCGUGGUUACAUUUUAGAACUUCUUUUAACAAAAGUUAAAUAUAUUUCAUCCAAAUUAGAUAAUAUGAAAAUACAAAUAAUUGGUAUGUCAGCAACAUUGCCAAAUUUGGAAGUCCUAGCAAACUGGCUAAAAGCUGAACUAUAUAUUACAGAAUUUAGACCAAUACCAUUAAAUGAAUAUUGUUUAGUUGGCAACAAAUAUUAUGAUAAAAAUGGGAAAUAUACUGAUUUAUUUAAUAAAGCAAAAAUGGGUUUGGAAUGUGAUUAUGUCCUUUCACUUUGCUUAGAAACAAUUAAAGAAGGAUGUUCAAUCUUAAUAUUUUGUAUGACUAAGAAUAGAUGUGAAAAUUUGGCACAAAGUAUUGCAUCCUCAUUUUACAAGUUAGGAUGUUCAGAAAAUGAACAUGGCACAACUUUAAGAGAACAAUUAAAUUCAAAGAAUAUUUUUGAAGUUCUGGAACAAUUAAAGAAUUGUCCAGUAGGCUUGGAUCAAAUUUUGAAGAAUAUUAUUUCAUUUGGUGUUGCAUAUCAUCAUGCUGGACUCACAUUUGAUGAGAGAGACAUUAUUGAAGGUGCAUUUAAGUCUAGUGCUAUUAGAGUAUUGGUUGCCACAUCUACUCUGAGUUCUGGUGUAAAUCUACCUGCUAGAAAAGUAAUUAUUAGAUCUCCGGUAUUUCAAAAGCAUCCCAUUAAUAUUUUGACAUACAAGCAAAUGAUUGGAAGGGCCGGGCGAAUGGGUAAAGAUACGCAAGGAGAGAGUGUUUUAAUCUGCACUGCAGCUGAGCAGAAAAUUGGGUUUGAGUUAAUGAUGGGUACUUUAGAUCCAGUUCUAAGUUGCAUUGAAAGCAAAGAUAAAUUUAUGAGGGCCAUCCUAGAAAUAAUAGCAAGCCAAGAUGUGUGCAACAAAUCUGAAUUAGACUUAUAUACCAAAUGUACUCUUCUUUGUGCUCAGAAACCUAUUUCUACAUCCCAAAAUGAUCUGCUAGAAGACACAUUAAAAGAACUUAUUAAUUAUGAACUAGUAAGGAUCCAAACGAAAGGACAUGAAAAUAAAUAUGUUGCAACAUCAUUUGGAAAAGCAUGUCUUUCAUCAUCUAUGGCACCAAAUGAUGGGUUAUCAUUAUUUUGUGAAAUACAAAAAGCACGUCAAUGUUUAGUGCUUGAAACAGAUCUUCAUUUAAUAUACUUAGUAACACCAUACAGCGUAAGUAACCAAUGGAACGAUAUUGACUGGUUACAUCUACUUACCCUAUGGGAAUCUUUAACAGCAGCAAUGAAAAGGGUUGGAGAGCUUGUUGGUGUUCAAGAAAGUUUCAUAAUUCGAUGUUUAAGGAGUUCCAAUAAAUCAAACAAUAAUCAAAAUAAACUCAAUAUCCAUAAAAGAUUUUACACAGCAUUAGCCUUGCAAGACUUAGUGAAUGAAGUUCCUUUAUCAGAAGUGGCUUGCAAAUUUCAAUGUGCUAGAGGUUUUUUACAAGGCCUUCAACAAUCAGCAGCUACUUUUGCAGGUAUUAUUUUAUAUAUUACUUUAGGAAUGGUAACAGCUUUCUGCCAUCAACUGGGUUGGAAGAAUAUGGAAACACUUGUAUCACAGUUUCAAGAUCGACUUCAGUUUGGAAUUCAUUCUGAAUUAUUGGAGUUAAUGAAACUGGCUUCUUUAAAUGGCAUUAGAGCUAGAACUUUGUUUGAUGCUGGUUUUGAAACAAUUUCUAGUGUAGCAUUAGCAGAUGUAAAUGUAAUUGAAAAUGCUCUUCAUAAAUCUAUGCCUUUUCAAAGCGAAAAGGAAAGAGAAGGUGAUGAGGAUAUUGAUGUUAGGAAAAGAAAUAAGAUCAAAAAUAUUUGGAUUACUGGCUGCUGUGGUAUGACUGCUAGAGAAGCGGCAGCAAAUAUUAUUUUAGAGGCAAGAAAAUAUUUAAUACAAGACAUUGGUGUAUCAGAAAUCAAAUGGAAAGAUUUGAGUCCAUCAAACUCAUUGGGUUCUAUCGAUACAGGCAAAUUUAUCGUUGAUAAUAAUCAGCGAGAUAACAAAGACGUUCUUUCCCGAAAUAAUAUAAAACAACCAACUGCUCAAGUAAAUGUAAAUGAUGAAAUUCAUUGCAAGAAUAAUAUUUCUUUACACAUUAACGUUGAAAACAGCCUAGACAGAAUUAUUACUUCAUUUCAUACCAGUAAACAAAACGAGAACGAUCAUGAACUAAAUAGUGAUAUAAAUGUUAACAAAACUAAUAAUAUUUUGAGUAUUAAAAAUGAUGACUCUAGAGAAAAUGAAAAAGACCUUUUUAGUAGAAAUGUAUCUGCUCCUAUAAAAGAAGACCUUAUGUGGGAGUCACUAAAUUUAACUGGGACUGUUUUGGAAAAUAUUAGCAAACCUCGUACUUCAGGUAACUUUUUUUCACCAAAUAUAAGUUUUGGUGAAGGUAUGGAUAGCUCCAUUUCUCUCGAAGAACAAAAAAAUGAUACUUUUACUUUAAAAUCUACUUCUGCUAAAGAUAUUAGUUUGUUUUCUUCGGAAGGUGACAAUUCAAAUAUAUUCGAAGAAUCUUUAAUAACUGAUACCUUAAUAGAACAUAAAGUUCUUAAAUUUAAUGCCCCUAGUAACAAUGUUCAGACAUGUUCAGAUUACAUUGAUAUUAAUUCUAAAUCUAUAUUAAAUGCUUUCUUAUCAACUAUAAUAAAAGUUGAAGAAGACGAAGAUAUUAAAUUAGUCUAUGAUGAUGAGACUGGAGAUUCAAAAGAAGAAAAUCGUAAUAAUUUUGACAAAUCUCAGGAGCAUGAAAUAUUAAAUACACAAGACUUCAAAGAACCGAAGCUUAAAAAUAGAUUUAUUAGUCCGCUUAAACGUAGCUGUUAUACAAGCAAAGAUAAUUAUUCCUUGGCAAAAAAAUCUAAAUCAUCUAAUUAUAACUUGAUGCAUGAAACAGAAGCUCAAUUUAAGUUAUAUUCUUCUAAGUCAAUGCAUUUUACACUAAAUCUAGCAAAAAAUUAUGUAAACUGCUACAUUUUGAGAGAAAACGAUGUAAAUAUUAACUUUAUAAACAUUAAUAAUGCCACAGGUAUUUCUAUUAUUUUGGAUACUAGCUGUACUCUAAAAAAAUCGAGUGAUAUUAUCGGGAAUAACAUUGUAUUUAAAAAACCAGUUGUGGGACAACAAAAGGAUAAAGGAGAAGAGGUGCCCAUCAUAAAAGGCAUAGCACUGUGUCUAAAAAGGAAUUUAUGUGUAUACUUGGAUUUAACUUCAUUAGCCAAGGGUUUGCUAGAGUUCAAGAAUAAGAUAUCUUUGAUGUUUUCAAAUGUAUCUUUUAAAUUAAAGAUGUUAUGUACAAAGGCAAAUUAUGUACUCAUCAAGAAAUGGCUUGGAAAAGAUUUAUUAUCCAGUUGUACUGAUAUAACAUUGACAGAAUGGUUAUUAGAUAGCGAUGAGAGGAUUUCCAAAAUUAUUGACCUGACGAAGAAGUACUGCGAUAUUGAUUUACCAAAAAGUCAAAUAAAUGUUAAAGACAAAAUGAAAAACUACAAUGAUUUGGACGUGUUCGAGGUUGCGUGUUUAAGGGCCUGGUGCAUUUUUGCCAUUGCAGAAAAACAGAGUGCAACAAUGUUGUCGAAAUAUAAAUUUCCGAGUGAAGCUCUCAAUAACAUUGUAGAUACGGAAAUCCACGUGGCGAAGAUACUUGGAAACUGUGAGUACUACGGCAUCAAUGUGGAUAAAAAUCUCGCGUCUCAACUUCUGAUUGAUGUAAAAAAUUCCCAAGAAGUCCUUCAAAAGAAUGCUUAUAAAUUAUGUGGUUAUCAUUUCAAUUUCAAUUCUUCAAAAGAUGUAGCAAAGGCUCUAGGAAUAUACAAGGGACGUAAAGUGAGCACAAAGAAAAGCGUUCUUUGUGCCCAUAACAGUCCAAUGGCCAGCGUCGUGAUAUACUGGAGAAAACUGAACUCCAUAUUAACAAAGACUCUGUACCCACUUACCGAGCAAGCGUUUUACUAUAGUGCGAACAACAGGAUAAACCCCUCCUACACGAUGUUCACUUGCACCGGCCGAAUUAGUAUGCACGAGCCAAACCUGCAAAAUGUCCCUCGAACGUUUACCGUACCUCUUAGAUAUCUGGAAGUGUUAGAAGACAAUGCACCUUGCGACGACGUGAUAGAGUUCAAUUGUAGAAAUAUUUUCAAAUCGUCGCAGGGUUACGUUUUCGUGUCCGCUGAUUACUGCCAGCUAGAAAUGAGGAUUUUGACUCACUAUUGCAAGGAUGUGGUUCUGACUAGGAUUAUGAGUUCAGAUGUGGAUGUUUUUAAGUCUAUUGCGGCAUCGUGGAGCGGCGUUCCUGAAAAACAGGUGGACGAUGACCUACGGCAAAAAGCAAAACAGCUCUGUUACGGUAUUCUAUACGGAAUGGGAAACAGAACUUUGGCUCAACAUCUUGAUGUCAACGAGAUAGAAGCCGCUGUGUUCAUGGACACCUUCUACAAAUCUUACCCAGCUGUCAAGGUGUUCACUCAGAGCGUUAUCGAUGAAUGCAGGAAGAAUGGAUACGUGGAGACAUUGAUGAAACGUCGCAGAUAUUUGCCCGACAUAAAUAGUAACAUUGUGUCCAAACGAAAUACAGCUGAGAGGCAAGCAGUAAACACAACUAUUCAGGGGUCAGCAGCUGACAUAGCAAAGGCUGCAAUGUGUGCCUUAGAUACCAAUACGAAUGCCGAUGUUGACAAACCUCGCCUGAUUUUACAAAUGCACGAUGAACUUGUCUAUGAAGUUAUUGAAUCGAAUAAAAUGAAUUUUGUACACACUAUUAAAAAUUUAAUGGAGGACACAGUACAUUUAAAUGUACCGCUGCCCGUUAAAGUUAAAACUGGUUGCACUUGGGGUUCGAUGGAAGAAGUUAAAUUUUAAUUUUUAAUCAUUAAAUGUUUGUAAUUUUUUUUUAUUUAUAAACAAAAAUUACCUCUGUACUAAAAUAAAACUUAAUAAAAUCUACUUUGAAUGGCCAAACAAAUAUUUGGCCAAGGUAACUAACUGCCCGCUUUAAAAUCGCCGGUAGACUCAUGACACCGGUACACGACGACACCUUUUUAACAAUUCUUUGAAAAUAACUGGAGCCCCUGGCCCCCGAGGUCCCAAAGUGUCUACUCAAAAAGGCAAAAAAAUGAAACUGCUAUGAAAUUAUGUAAUAGGUUUGAUUGUUUUGAUUUACCUACGAGGUUGCAUUUUUUAUUUCUUUUUUUUUAAAUCAAGGAAAAAUCUUGUAUGAAUCAAUCGCUUGCAUCAAUGCAAACACUUAGGUAUCAAAGUUUUACUAGUGACAACGUCAGUGAACAUAAUUAAGAGUUAAAACUAAAAUUAAAAAUAUUAUUUUAGUAAGGGGUUUAUUAAGUUAAGGUUACCGUCGAACUUUGAUAGCUUUUUGCCCGGUUUCACUAACCUGCUUAAAUAAGUAACGCCUAAUCUAAGGAGAUUAAUAGGCAUACGUAAACCGUUCACUAAUAGUUAUCACCUAAGAGUUGGUGGAACGUUUUUUUUUCCAUACAUGCCUAAAUCAUUAGGCAUUUGAUUUGAGAUGCCUUGGUUUAAACGAGCGUUAAUCUCUUAAACCUUACCCUUAAGUAGAUUUUGCCUUCUAUACUUAUGUUAUGUAUUCUGCCUAAAAAGACGACUUCUUGUAAUUUUUAAAUUUUUCCUGCAUGUGCAAAAGUAUUCGUGUAGGUUCAUAAGUGCCUGUGAUAGGCCAACAUGAAUAAAUAAUUUUUGAAUUGAAUAGAAUUGAAAAACUCUACCUACGUAUUUUACGGGUUUUUUGUAUCUGUCUUUCCGUUACCGGUUUCCGGGAGUAUUGAUUUUAGCUAUUGGUUCAUUAAGGUUUUAUGCAUGGCUGCGAUUAUGGAAAAAAUGAAAAUGGCGGAAUGGUAAGGAUCGAUCAUGAAAUAUUCAAAUCCCUAGAGCCUAGUUAUUUGUAUGGUCUGUGAUAUUUUGUCCAAUCUUUUCAAUAAAAUGUAUUUUGAUAAGAA